GGCUGGAGGGCCGUUGGAGGUUUGAAUUUCUCUCUGCCGUUGUGAGGCGGCGUGUGUGCGGUCGCUUUAGGAGCCGGGACGGCGGCGCUGAGAGCUUGAAGAUGUCGCGGGACGGCGACGAUGAGUGGGAGCUGUGCAAGGAGAACGUGCAGCCGCUGCGACAGGGCCGGGUUAUGGCUACGCUACAGGAGGCCUUGGCUCAGCAGGACACCUCCAGCCACACUGCGGCUCAGCUCAAGAAACAAGAAUUUGAAUCAGAAAUCAGGUUUUAUUCUGGAGAUGAUCCACUGGAUGUUUGGGACAGGUACAUCAAGUGGACUGAGCAAACCUUCCCCCAGGGUGGAAAGGAGAGUAACCUCUCUGCAGUAUUGGAAAGGGCAGUGAAAGCUCUCAACAAGCAGCAGAGAUACUACCAAGAUCCCCGCUAUCUUAGUCUCUGGCUCAAAUUUGGAAAUUGCUGUACUGAGCCCUUGGAUCUGUACAGUUACCUGCACAGUCAGGAAAUUGGUACAACAUUGGCACAACUCUAUAUUACAUGGGCUGAAGAACUUGAGGCUAGAGGAAGCUUUAAGAAAGCAGAUAUCAUCUUCCAGGAAGGUCUUAAUCGCAAGGCGGAGCCUUUGGACAAACUCCAGUCUCAUCACAGGCAGUUUCAGACCCGUGUUUCUAGGCAAACACUACUGGGGCUUGAGGAAGCUGCUCAUGAAAGAGAUACGGGUCUUCUGGAAACUGAAGAACCUCAGAGGAGCACGCUGGCAGAUCUAAAAGGCAGGGGGAAGAAAAAUGUGAGAGCUCCAAUUAGUCGUGUAGGAGAUGCACUCAAAGCCUCAAACCGGAACAGAAGCUUCCAGGCUCCUCAGCAGCUUUCAAACAAUCUGGGUUUUGCUGUGUUUGAUGAAGAUUCUGCUUCGGCUUCUGGACCUGAGAUUCCCAUACUUACUCCACAGCAUUGGACAGAACCUCCAGCUCCAAGGGCAAAGGAGAAUGAACUAAGUGCAGGACCUUGGAACUCUGGGAGGCGUCCUCGCAGCAAUGCAAAUUCUGGUGUAGAAGUGCCCUGUCCAGUGCCCAGUUUUACCCCAUAUGUAGAGGAGUCAGCUCAGCAGCAAGUCAUGACUCCCUUCAAGAUUGAACCCAGCAUAAAUCACGUUUUAAGUGCUCGCAAGCCUGAGAAGGAGGAUCCUCUACAGCGGGUGCAGAAUCACCAUCAGGAUACCCAGGAGAAGAAAGAGGCUGUGAUGUACUGUAAAGACAAAGUUUAUGCUGGAGUGGAAGAAUUCUCUUUUGAAGAAAUUCGUGCUGAAGUCUACAGAAAGAAAGCAAGAAAGAAAGCUGAAGAGGAGAUGCACAUCCUAGCACAGAAGAAGGAAGAAAUACAAAAGAAAAUUGAGGAACUGGAGAAGAAAUUAAAGGAGAAAGAAAAUCACGAACAGCAACAAUUACACGAACAGCCAGCAGAGGUAACAAAGCCUUCACCACCUUUGGGACUACAAGAAUGUACUUUAUCCACUGCAACAGAACUUGGAAUGGAACAGCCUCACUUGCAAAGUGAAUGCUGCCUCUCGGAAGAUAUUGAACUGCAUAAACAGUCAUGCUCUGAGGAUGCAGUGUUCCUUCCCCCACCAGCUCCUGCUACCUUUUUCUCCGUAUUUGUUGAAUCAUCUACUUCACCAAACCAAAAUACAAGUCGUUCUACAGAUCAUGCCCAGAAAACUGCUCGGCGCCCUCUUGCUGUUCGCAAACCUGUGGACACUGUGAAAGAGAACUUACCACCAGAAGCCUGUGAUGAGCUGCAUGGAAUUGAACCUUUGACUGAGGAUGCAAUUGUGACAGGCUCCUACAAGCACAAAAGCCUUUGUGCCAACCCGGAAGACACGUGUGACUUUGUUAGGGCUGCCCAUUUGGCCUCGACUCCCUUUCAUGGGGUGGUAGCUCAGAGAAUCCCAGCUCCUGCUUAUUCACAGAGUGUUCUAAAGGAAGACUGUCCGGAACCCAAGAGUGCACCUCUGGAUGAGAAAACACCAGUUUGUGAGGGAACAUACAGCGAAGCUCUCUGUGUAAAUAAACUGAGCCCAAUCCUGGAAGCCAGCCUGGAGGAUACUCGUUCAUCAGGUUCUUCUGUCUCUUCAGGAUCUUCUCUUUCCUCUGUUACACAAAUAUCCUCAAUUAAAUACCUACACGUCCCUGAGAAACUGGAACUUGCUCAGAGUUUGCCUGCUGAGCCAAUUGCUGAUUCUGGAGGUAGCAGUGAAAUCGUGACUGGUGAUGAUGCAACUCAGUUCUUGUGGACUGCUGAACAGCGUAAAAAGCUUCUAGACCCUGUGCCAGAGUCAUUGACUGCUUCUCCACAUUUUCAUUUGGAGACUGGUUUUCUGCCCGUCAUUGAGUUUGAGAAAGACAUUGAGCUAGGAAAUGAGACUUACUCUAUCAAACGGGAAUAUUGGAGCAAUGAAGAAUACAAAAUGCUUUUUGCCGUUCCAGUUAACUUUCUCCAGCUGGAUGCAAAGGGAUUUGCAAUAAAGGUGUAUUCUCAGCCUGUGCCUUGGGAUUUUUAUAUCACGCUUCAGCUACAGGAGCGUUUGAAUGCUGAAUUUGACCAAAGCUUCAGUGAAAACUGUAGCUGUUUCUUGUACCAAGAUGGCUGUGCUGUUCUGCACAAGAAUAUAAAUCGCUUCACGCUUGGGGAUGUUAUUUGUGGCUGCAAGUCCAUUGAUAAGGAAGUUAUUCUACUAGUUGUUUAUAAUCUUCUGGAUGUGGUGGAGAAGCUCCACAAAGCGGAGAUCGUCCAUGGAGAUCUGAGGCCAGAAGUAUUCUUUCUGGGAGACAGGAUCUGUGAUCCGUUUGCUAAUAAUGGAAUGGCAAGAGCUCUGAAGGUAGUGGAUUUCUCUCACAGUCUGGAUUUAAGGUUGCAGUCAAGUGUAAGCUUGCCCAACAGCUUUCCAAUAUCUCAGACUCCUCAUGGACAGCAGCUUCUGGCAAAAAGCUGCCUUCCUUAUCAGGCAGACUUGGUUGGCAUUGCAGAUAUAGCCCAUUUGAUGCUGUUUGGUGACCAUAUCCAGGUCUAUCAGGAGAACUCCAUCUGGAAAAUCAACCAAAAUGUAUCCAAGACUGUUGGCUGUGAUUUCUGGGGUAAAUUUUUCCAGCAAAUUCUGAAUGCAGAUGGUAAGUCCACAGAGCUUCUGCUGAGGGAGCUGAGAGAAGAAAUAAGUAACAUGUUUGACAGCUGUUUCCAAGAACGUCUUUGUGAAUCCUUAGUAAUGCUGGGAGAUGUUUUCUUCUUGGAGAAGUUCUGAUUUAACAGAGGACAAACCUGUUUUGUAUUAUAAAGGUGAAUUUGUUGUUAACAUCUUAUUGUUUUCAAAUGUAAGCAUGUGAUUGUAGCCAUUUCUAUAGUACUCCACACAGGAUUCAACAAAGAGUAUCACAUCAGUGAUCACAACAGCCUAGGUAUCCUAAAGCUGUUAUGUGAACUACUUUGUGUCUGAGCAGUUUGCCAGGGCACAUAAGUUGUCCUGACUGUCCCCCUACCCUUUUUGUAUAGCUCCUUAAAAAUGUUUAAUGCCUUGUUCAUGCUGCAUUCUCAAAAGUGUCUUGGUCCUACAUUUAGAUUGUCUAUAGUACUGUUAUAAAUCAUUGCUUCUUUAAUAAAGUUGUAUCUUGAUUGUAA